AGCAACGGUCAAUAGUCAGUUAUGGGUGCCUAUGGGUCAAAGAUAAGACAAUCGGUUAUUAAUCAGGUUAAUCAUUGUCAGUAAUCAAACGUUAAAAGUUGAAAAAAAGGUUACGAAAAUGAGUGGGCGUAAAAAAUUGGUGUAAUAUUAAUUUCUUUCUUCAGUGUGUAACUGUCUUGUUAGCAUAUAAGUCGCAGCCAUGAUCGGUGGACUUUUUGUGUAUAAUCAUAAAGGAGAAGUUCUUAUUUCUCGAGUUUAUCGAGAUGAUAUAGGCAGAAAUGCUGUAGAUGCAUUUAGAGUGAAUGUUAUCCAUGCCAGGCAACAGGUUCGAUCGCCUGUUACAAACAUUGCAAGAACAUCAUUUUUUCAUAUAAAAAGAGCUAACAUCUGGAUUGCUGCUGUAACCAAACAAAAUGUUAAUGCUGCAAUGGUAUUUGAAUUUUUACUGAAAAUAAUUGAAGUUAUGCAGUCUUACUUUGGAAAGAUAUCAGAAGAAAACAUCAAGAACAACUUUGUUCUCAUAUAUGAACUUUUAGAUGAAAUUUUGGAUUUUGGAUAUCCUCAAAACUCUGAUACUGGCGUUUUGAAAACGUUCAUAACUCAGCAGGGCAUCAAAUCAGCUACCAAAGAAGAGCAAGCACAAAUCACCUCACAAGUUACUGGGCAAAUAGGCUGGCGUAGGGAAGGCAUCAAGUAUCGCCGAAACGAGCUGUUUUUGGACGUUCUGGAAUAUGUUAACUUGCUUAUGUCCCCUCAAGGCCAGGUACUUUCUGCACAUGUUGCUGGAAAAGUUGUAAUGAAAUCUUAUUUAUCUGGAAUGCCAGAAUGCAAGUUUGGAAUUAAUGAUAAAAUUGUAAUGGAAGCGAAGGGAAAAGGAGGUUUAGGGAGUUCUUCAGAUUCAGAUCCAGCAAGAUCAGGAAAGCCUGUUGUUGUAAUUGAUGACUGCCAAUUUCAUCAGUGUGUUAAACUUAGUAAAUUCGAGACAGAACACUCCAUAAGUUUUAUUCCACCUGAUGGAGAAUUUGAGUUGAUGAGAUACAGAACAACUAAAGACAUAUCUCUACCCUUCAGAGUUAUACCACUAGUACGUGAAGUUGGAAGAACAAAAAUGGAAGUUAAAGUUGUCCUGAAAAGUAACUUUAAACCUUCACUGCUUGGUCAAAAAAUUGAAGUCAAAAUUCCAACUCCACUCAAUACUUCUGGUGUGCAACUGAUUUGUCUCAAAGGAAAAGCCAAGUAUAAAGCAUCAGAGAAUGCUAUAGUUUGGAAGAUAAAAAGAAUGGCGGGAAUGAAGGAAACUCAGCUUUCUGCUGAAAUAGAGCUACUGGAGACGGAUACGAAGAAGAAAUGGACCAGACCACCAAUUUCUAUGAACUUCGAAGUGCCCUUUGCUCCUUCAGGGUUCAAGGUACGAUAUCUCAAAGUGUUCGAGUCCAAACUUAAUUAUUCCGACCAUGAUGUAAUUAAAUGGGUCAGAUAUAUUGGAAGGAGUGGUCUUUAUGAAACCAGAUGUUAAUAUGGUAAUUGUCUUUAAUAUGCUCCGUAUAAUUAUGAUACGAAUGGGUUUUUUUGAAAUAAUGUUUGAGUUUUCCAAUUUCAUUACAAAUACGUGUACAUUUGCUUACAAUAUUUAAACAGUAGGAAUUGUAUGAAUAACAGAUGUAUUUCUAAUUCUCGUAAUUUCUUAAAAAGCCAUUUAGUAUGGUGUGCAUAAUAAAUUCACAAAAUAUUUAUGUAGGUAUUUGAUAUUGCUAGUCUUUACUAGCCUCUCUGAUUUAUGUGAUCAAAACAGAAUCAUACGGAUUUAAUUAUUAUUCUGUUUUGAAUGUCCUUUAUUAGUUAUUAGACUAUGUUUCUAGUAUUAGUACAUUCCCCUUAACUUUUAUGGUAAAACAAAAGAUAAAUCAGUUCAACCUUUGAUUAAAAUUGACUUGAAAACAGAAAUUUCAGUUUUAAUGCUUAUUUCUUAUUCUUGCAAUGAAUUGACGAUUUUUGUUUCAAGAAUAAGAUAAAUAGGUAAUUAACAAUUUCCGAAUUCACAUAUGGCUAAUUUUUAUUUUGCCUUCAACAAAGUUUGAAUAAGAAUGUGUUUGUUAUAAAAACAGAAAAGUGUUUAGUGAAAUAAAAUUGUCAUUUCAAAAUAAGAAAAAUUCUCUAGUGAAUAAUCUCAUAAACAUAUAACUAUUAAAUGUUUAGAAUUAUAUAAAAAUAUGUAUCAAUGCUAUGUUUCAUAAGAACUUAGGUAAUGCUGAAUAUAAAUGUAAUAUCGUGUAUUCACUGUGUAUACAAUAAAUUGUUUAGUUAUA